AUGUCCUACAAAGCAGCACGUACGCUCCUCCGCACCACCACCGCCGCCCAGCGCCUCCAUGCCACCCCCGACGCCGCCGCCGGCACACGGACCUACUCCGGCACCAAACUGACGGGCACCGAAGCCGUCGGCAUCGCCACGGGCAGCAGCGACUUCUCCUUCCCCGCUCUCGCCGCCCGCGUAGCAAGUCUCGAGGCCGCCCACGACUUCCAAGUCGCCACCAGCAACGCCGAGCUCUCCCGCUCGCUGCGCCGUCCUGCUAAUGCCCGUGCCCCGACACCCAGAGCUGACGCAAUGGACCUGUUCCCGCGCGACCUGGAGAGCAGCAUCCUCAAGAACCUUGCGCGCGCGGGGCACCACGAGACUUUCGACAACGUGCGCAGGAGAUACUUCCGCGACGCCAAGCGCCGCCUGGAGAACGCCAAGAUGCUGCACGCGGGGCAGGUCUACCAUGAGGCGGGGAAGCGCAUCAUUGGGCUGCUGCUGCGGCAGGGGGCGAUACCGGAGGAGGUGUAUUUUGGCGCGGUGGGCAGGGAGGUGGGCAUGAGGAUGCUGGGGGCGGGCGUGUUUGAGCUGGAGUUGGACUCGAGGGAGAUCUCGUUUAUGUCGGUGGUGAUGAGGGAGUUUUGUAGGAGCGAGAGGGCACUGUGGGCGUGA